AAAGGUCUCGAAGUAAAGAGAGCACAUUUGUUACUUUUUCAAUUUAUUGAAACUUUGUUCGAGGAAACAUGAAGCUUUUUGUUCUUUUUGGUGUUCUCGCUACUGUCGCUUAUGUCUCUGGUGCAAGUGCUCCCCAAGCAGUCUACGAUGGUCCAAUUUAUGAACUAAGACCGGUUGAAGAGGAUAAUGGCGGUGGCCAAGCAGUUGCAGAAAUAGAAACGGAAGAUAAUUCCACUGGAUUACCACCAAUUCGAGAACGCAGAGUAACAUGUGACGUUUUGUCGUGGCAAUCACAGUGGUUGAGCAUCAAUCAUUCCGCUUGUGCUGUCAGAUGCCUGACUCAACGGCGUAAAGGUGGUCGCUGUCAAGAUGGCGUAUGCAUUUGUCGGAAUUGA